UUCUAAAAUUUAUUUCUCACAAAAGUAUUCAACAAAUUCUGGAAAAAAGUUUAAAAAGAAAAAUAAAAAGGCAGAAAAUAAUAAAAAGAGUGAGAAAAAAAAUAGUACUAAGUGAAAUAUUGCAUGUGUGAUAUGUGUUGGUUUAUAUGCAUGACACCAAAUCAAUGAAAAUAUUCAUAAUGAAUCUACCCUUAGAAAUUUCUCAUUUUAAAUAAGCCAACUUGAGAGAACAAAAUUCAUAUUUCUCAUUUUAAGUCAUGGAGUCUUGAUUUUCAUUUUCUUAUCUCUCUAUUUCAGUUUCAUUUUCUUUUCACAAUCCUAUCCUAUAUAUAAAAAAUCUAAAUUUCUAGAGGAACUUUUAUUAGCUAUGGCAGCAUCAUUUUCAGCUGCUUCUUUCUUUACAAUCACUGAAGAGGAUCAGAAUUUGAUGAAUCAACAACAAAAUUCUUCAACACCAUCAUCAUCAACUACUCCAACUGCACCACCACCUCAGAAGAAAAGAAGAAACCAACCUGGAACACCAAAUCCAGAUGCAGAGGUGGUAGCACUAUCUCCCAAGAGCCUAAUGGCAACAAACAGAUUUGUAUGUGAAGUAUGUCAAAAAGGGUUCCAAAGAGAGCAAAAUUUGCAACUACAUAGAAGAGGACACAAUUUGCCUUGGAAACUAAAGCAAAAGAGUAACAAAGAGCCAAAGAGAAAGGUUUAUGUGUGUCCUGAGCCAACAUGUGUUCAUCAUGACCCUUCAAGAGCACUUGGUGACCUCACUGGAAUUAAGAAACACUAUUUUAGGAAACAUGGUGAAAAAAAGUGGAAGUGUGAAAAGUGUUCUAAGAAGUAUGCUGUUCAAUCUGAUUGGAAGGCUCAUUCUAAGACUUGUGGUACUAAGGAGUAUAGAUGUGAUUGUGGCACUCUCUUCUCCAGAAGAGACAGUUUCAUCACACAUAGAGCCUUUUGUGAUGCACUUGCUCAAGAAAGUUCAAGACAACCACAAUUACCAAACCAAAUCACAAACACUACUUCCCUUAAUAACUCCCAUCUAUUUGGAAACAUUAGCAACAUAUCCUUAGCCUUAUCUCAAAUCCCUCAACACCAAAACGACAACAACCAAUCCACUGAAAUCUUGCGUUUUGGUAACACAAGAACUUCACAAUUUAACCAAAACAUUCUAUCUACACCCCCACAACAAACCCUUCAUACCCCGCCAUUUAAUUUCGCCACACAACAACAACCAAACCAAAAUUACCAUAAUGACCAUCAAUCUCAAACAUUCCAAGGACUGAUAUCAUUGUCUCAACUCAACAACAACAACAUGUUUUCUGAAAAUUUCAACAAUGAAGGGACAAAUAAUUUCUUUUCAGAAAAUUCUAUAAUGUGUGAUCCUAAUCCUAACCAAACAAGUCCUAUCUCUCCUCACAUGUCAGCAACAGCUUUGCUACAAAAAGCUUCUCAAAUGGGUGCAACUUCAAGCACUAACAACAACAACAAUAAUAACAACAAUGCUUCUUCAUUACUAAGUACUAGAGAUUUUCUUGGAGUUGGACAAAUAGUUAUGAGAAAUAUGAAUGGAGGAGGAGUUGGUCAACGUAACAUGGAAGCUGAAAAAAAUGGAUAUUUUGGUGUGGGAGGGAACUUUGAGUGAAUGUGUUGUGAAUCUUUGUUGGACAUGCAGUAGAAAAAAAAUACAAAAAGGAUGUUUACUAGAUCCAUUAAAAAAAUGGCUCCUAUUAAGUCCAUCUAAUUCAGUUUUCGGGAGCAACAUUGCGAAUUCGUAUUAUUGGAGUUUUAUCAUGGCUCUAAAAGAAAAUUUAUGUGCCAAAAAAAAAUUAUGGAAGCGUUGAAGUCGAUAAAGCAAUGGAAGUUGGAAACAUAUGAGAUUGCUAUUAGGACUUCAAAUAAUUUUCUUUAAAAUUUUAAUAGUUUAAUGUAAUAAAUUUUGUUGUGAGAUGUUUUAUGUAAAUUGGAGUACAAGUCACAGCGCUUAAAUUACCA